GAAGUUUCUGCACAUCAACCCGCUUCCGUAUUUCAACCGCAACUGAUCUCUUCCCAUUUUCCAGCUCUUUCUUUUUCUUCCCGCAUCGAUUUGAUCAACCUUUUGAUCCGACUCAUUUCCAGAGAAAGCUUUCCCGUCGAGAAUCCCGCCUGAGAGAUCGCAGCAGUCCGAGCAGCGGCUCCUUCGAUCUGUAAUCAUGAAUAACGAAUAUGAUUAUCUGUUUAAGCUUUUGCUUAUUGGAGACUCUGGUGUUGGAAAGUCCUGCAUCCUUCUAAGAUUUGCUGAUGAUUCUUAUCUGGAGAGUUACAUCAGUACCAUUGGAGUCGAUUUUAAAAUACGCACUGUCGAGCAAGAUGGAAAGACUAUUAAACUUCAGAUUUGGGACACUGCCGGGCAAGAACGCUUCAGGACAAUUACCAGUAGCUACUAUCGUGGUGCGCAUGGGAUAAUCGUCGUUUAUGAUGUAACGGACCAGGAAAGCUUCAACAAUGUCAAGCAAUGGUUGAAUGAAAUUGACCGCUAUGCUAGUGACAACGUUAACAAGCUUCUUGUUGGAAACAAAUGUGAUCUUACUGCAAAUAAAGUUGUAUCUUACGAGACAGCAAAGGCUUUUGCUGAUGAGAUUGGAAUACCAUUCAUGGAGACCAGCGCCAAGAAUGCUACUAAUGUUGAACAGGCUUUCAUGGCCAUGGCUGCAGAUAUCAAGAACAGGAUGGCGAGUCAGCCAACCAUGAACAGCGCAAGACCGCCGACAGUUCAAAUCCGCGGACAACCUGUUAGCAACCAAAAGAGCUCAUGCUGCUCUUCCUAGAGGUUCUCAUUGUUCUGUAAACAUAGUGUUCAGUUUCAUAUAUUGAAAUCAUGACAAAACGCCUUUUUCUGCCUGAUUGUUUGCCUCAUUGCACCUUA